UAGUUUGUGCUGCCAAUGUGGUACAGCAACUCAGCCAAACCCUUCAAACAUGUGUGUAGCAUGUUUGAGAACUCAAGUUGAUAUCACUGAAGGUAUCCCAAAGCAAGUUCAUCUGAAUUUCUGUAAGGCUUGUGAAAGGUGAGUGGUGUGGUGAAUAUUUAGUUUGUGAAUUUUGUGCUGUUUGAAAUUAUAUAUGAAUUACUAUAAAUCCUCAAUUCCCCUGCGCCUUUCAAAUAACUGUCCUCUUUUACUGGAAGCAAUUUUUUAUGCAUCGCAUCAUUAAUCCCUCCCCUUAGAUCCUACAAACGCAUGUGUACUGCUUAUAUUUAGUUUGACAGCAAUUCCAUAUUAAUUUACUGUGUAUCCUGUAUAAUGCCUCCCUACAUUGCAAUUGCUUCCCUCUGAGUUAAAUCACCUCCAAUAAGCCUCCCAAAAGGUUCCUGAAAUAAAUACAGUAAGACCCCCAGGAAUCACCACCAUUAUCACUACCACCACUGCUACUUUCAUUGCCACCAUAGACAAUCCAAUUGUCUUUGUUGCCACACCACCAUUAUCAUUGUUACCACCAUCACUAACUACCAUUCUCGUUUUCAUCAUCACCACCAUCACUACCACCACCAUCAUCAUCAGCACCACCAUAAUCAUUAUCAGCACUACCACCACCAUAAUCAUCAUCAGCACCAUCAUUACUCACUACUGCCACUGUCAUCAUCACCACCAUCAUCACCACCAUCACUAUCACUACGCCACGAUCAUCACCACCAUCGCUCAGAUGAUCACCACCAUCAUCAUCAUCAUUACCACCAUCAUCAUUAUCACCACCAUCAUCAUUAUCACCACCACCAUCAUCAUUACCACCACCAUCAUCAUUAUUACCACCAUCAUCAUUAUCACCACCAUCAUCAUUAUCACCACCAUCAUCAUUAUCACCACCAUCAUCAUUAUCACCAACACCAUCAUUAUCACCAUCAUUAUCACCACCAUCAUCAUUAUCACCAUCAUCAUUAUCACCACCAUCAUUAUCACCAACACCAUUAUCACCACCAUCAUCAUCACCACCAUCAUCAUCACCACCACCAUCAUCAUCAUCAUCACCACCAUCAUCAUCACCAUCAUCAUCACCAUCAUCAUCAUCAUCACCACCAUCAUCAUCAUCAUCACCACCAUCAUCAUCAUCAUCACCACCAUCAUCAUCACCAUCAUCAUCAUCAUCACCACCAUCAUCAUCAUCAUCACCACCAUCAUCAUCAUUAUCACCACCAUCCAGGCCUCGAGAUAAGUGCCGGUCACCGGUCACUGACCGGUAAAAUUUCACAGUUUGACCGGCAAAAAUCAUCGCCUGGCGGACAUGUGUGACCGGUAAAUUUUUUAAUAAAAUGUUACCACCAUCACUACUACCAUUCUCGUUAUCAUCAUCACCACCAUCACUACCACCACCAUAAUCAUCAGCACUACCAUAAUCAUUACCAGCACUACCACCACCAUAAUCAUCAUCAGCACCAUCAUCACUCACUACUGCCACUGUCAUCAUCACCACCAUCAUCACUACCAUCACUAUCACUACGCCACGAUCAUCACCACCAUCGCUCAGAUGAUCACCACCAUCAUCAUCAUUAUUACCACCAUCAUCAUUAUCACCACCAUCAUCAUUAUUACCACCAUCAUCAUUAUCAUCAUUAUCACCACCAUCAUUAUCACCACCAUCAUCAUUAUUACCACCACCAUCAUCAUCAUUAUUACCACCACCAUCAUCAUUAUCACCACCAUCAUCAUUAUCACCACCAUCAUCAUUAUCACCACCAUCAUCAUCACCAACACCAUCAUUAUCACCAUCAUUAUCAUCACCAUCAUCAUUAUCACCACCAUCAUCAUUAUCACCAUCAUCAUUAUCACCAUCAUCAUUAUCACCACCAUCAUCAUUAUUACCAUCAUUAUCACCAACACCAUUAUCACCAUCAUCAUCAUCACCACCAUCAUCAUUAUCACCACCAUCAUCAUCAUUAUCACCACCAUCCAGGCCUCGAGAUAAGUGCCGGUCACCGGUCACUGACCGGUAAAAUUUCACAGUUUGACCGGCAAAAAUCGUCCGGCAUCUGGCGGACAUGUGUGACCGGUAAAUUUUUUAAUAAAAACUACGUUCAAAAAUGGAGCAGAUUAUUGAUUUCCAAGUUUCCAAAGAAGUGUAUGUCCGUCUAAGGCGCAGGCUAAUGAGGGCGGCGAAGUGACACACUUUGUCGUACGGAUACGAUUUACCGCAAGCAUUGUGCCUAAGGGCUGUUUUCAUGUUACACGUUUUUCACACCUGCGACAGAAAAGUUUAAAUCUUUCAUAUUAUUGCAAAUAAGUUAUAACCUUACAAAUACAUAUUAAAUCAUACACAAAACUGAAUGCUGUCCUUUUAUAAAUUUAGUUAUUUCAUAAGUAGGAUGUAAAGCGAUUUCAACUGUUACGUGCGUGAAAACGCGUAACUCGAAUGCGACCUUGCAGCAUGCUCGCAAGUUCGCAACUACAGUUGUCAUUUGCGACUUAACAAGCAAGCAUGGUAAACAAUUGCUCUGUUUGUCAGCGUCCAAAUACGAAAUAUUCAUGGUAAAUUGCUUUUUGAUAAACGCCUUGCGAUUUGAUAAACGCCAUGCAUACUUCUACUAUGUAUACAAUAAUUAAAAUACACAAUUGUUUCUAAAGUUACGAGUCACGCCAAAGAUGAGGGGGAAAAAGAAGCUAAGGAGUGACAACGACCGGCAUAAAUUCCGCUGUGACCGGUAAAUUUAGUGAUCCACCUGUCAUAAUGACUGGUAUAACAUCCAGAUUUAUUUAGAGGCCUGCCACCAUCAUCAUCACCAACGCCAUCAUUAUCACCAACACCAUCACCACCAUCACUACCACCACCAUCAUCAUUUACAUUAUCACCACCAUUGCUACUACCAUCAUCAUCAUCGCCACCAGAACUACCUGCACCACCACCAUCAUCAUCAUCAUUAUUGCAUGCCAACAUCACUAUUACAGUACCAUCAUUGUUAUUAUCGCUACCACCAUCAUCGCCGCCAUAACUACCACCAUUGUCAUCAUCAUCACUACCACCAUCAUUAUCUCUACCAUCAUUAUCUCUAUACCAUCAUCAUCACCACCAUCAUCAUCAUUACCAGUGACUACCAUCAUUAUCACCAGCAUCAUCUUCACUACCAUCAUUAUCACCACCAUCAUCAUCACUACCAUCAUCAUCACUACCAGUGACUACCAUCAUUAUCACCAGCAUCAUCAUCACUACCAUCAUCAUCACUACCAGUGACUACCAUCAUUAUCACCAGCAUCAUCUUCACUACCAUCAUUAUCACCACCAUCAUCAUCACUACCAUCAUCAUCACUACCAGUGACUACCAUCAUUAUCACCAGCAUCAUCUUCACUACCAUCAUUAUCACCACCAUCAUCAUCACUACCAUCAUCAUCACUACCAGUGACUACCAUCAUUAUCACCAGCAUCAUCUUCACUACCGUCAUUAUCACCACCAUCAUCAUCACUACCAUCAUCACUAUCAUCACCAUCAUCACUACACCACUACUGUCGGCAUUGCGACCACCAUCAUUACCACCACAAUCACCACUCACCAUCACUACCACUAUUAUCACCAUCUCCACCACAAUCACCAUCACCACUAAGACUUCUGCCAUACAUCACAGUUUCAUUGAUUCCUACUGUUGUGCUGUGCACAUGCAUGCUUUAUUACUCGCUGGGGCACCCUGUGCCCCAGACGAGUAUAGAUUUCGGCUUGCAUUUGUCACGGAUCAUGGAUCGUCGAUAGCCACAAAAUAGAAUAUUAAUGAGCUGCUUGAUCCUUUUCAAAAUGGCGGGGCCUUUCGUGGAGUGGGCAAAAUGUUUCAAACAAUUCCGGGCCCCAUUUCGUGAAAAUUUUGGCCGAAUUGUACCUGUUUUCUAUGGAUUUUGUUUUGUGUCUAACUCUGGACAUUCAUGCUAGUUUAUUUAAUGCGUGUUUCUUGGUGCACGACUCUGAAAAUCCGAAAUUUGGAUCGUUGAAUUCCCGUGCACGAUCAUAAUAUACUGAGUCUGAAUAUAAAGAGCCAAAGACAAUUUCAAAGUAAAAGGUUAUUUAUUAAAACUACGUUGUGCAGUUUAAGUUGUGACUACUUUAUGAGAAGCAUAUCGGUGUCAUAUCAAUAUAAAAUUUAUCGAACAACAGUCCGUGAAAACUGUCUGUAGUGUACUCAGUGCGAAACAUAUUGUAUUUGUAAUGCCUCUUAUAAAUGGCGCAAUAAGGAUAAAAAUACCACCGUUCGAUUCAGCGUAAGAAAUUGUACUUACGGAUGUCAAAUGUAUUACUAAACAUCAGUAUUCUAGCGAUUUAUGGCCUUUGAAAAUCAAGCGAAAUUGUAUUGUUGACAUCAAAUCACUCGCAGUACGUUUGUCCUUGACCUUGUAUUUGUAUUGCCUAAUUAAUGGCGCAAUAAGAAUAAAAAUACCACCGUUCGAUUCAGCGUAAGAAAUUGUACUUACGGAUGAGAAAUUGUACCUACGGAUGUCAAAUGUAUUACUAAACAACUGACAACAGUAUUCUAGCGAUUUAUGGCCUCUGACUUUGUCUUUGAAAGCCAAGCGAAAUUGUAUUAUUUGUUGAGAAAUCGCUCAAAUAAUAAAAGAUGCAGUACGUUUGAUCCUUGAUAACUUUGGUAUCAUUGUUUUUUUCUUUUUCGGCCGUACACCAGUGGAUUCGUCUCUCUUCAUUUUGGUAAUAUUUUGAGCCCAAAAGCCCCCAAAAUAUUUUAUUUUGAACGUUUUAAACUGGCGGUCGACAGAAGAAAAGAAUGUAGCGUACUAUAAAAUAUAAUUUUACUUGUGGGCAUAAACGCCGGAAGUUUCCCCUUAGCUCGGGGCCAGGCUUAAAGGCUUAAUAUACGCACGUAAAACUUUAAAUUUGUAAAAAUAACCAAAUAAAUAAAGCAACAGAAUUUACUGCUCCGCAAGUUUUAGUAUGAAUUUGUUAACUUAUUUGUAAAAUAUUUAAAAAUAGAAGGAUUCAAAGUUUUACGUGCGUGUACGUGCGUACGAAAAACGCAACAGUGCCAGUGGAAAUCAAUCUUUAGAUCUUAACAGCAAUGUGCGUCAGUUGUGUAGCCCCAGCGAGUUAACGCUCCGCAGAGCGUCUUGUUAAUCUUAAUGUCUUUACAUAUAGGUUAAAAGCCAAGGGAGAGGUUUUUAUUAAACUGUGAAGACCGAGGGCCGAAGGCCCGAGGUCUUUACAGUUUAAUAAAAACCUCUCCCUUGGCUUUUAACCUAUAUUUACAAACUCAUCAGACCAUAUUCUUUUGUAUUUUGGAGGUUUUCUUCAUUAAAAAUUCAAGCUAUAUUAAUUCAAUGAGAGGUCGCUGCAGUUGUGGGACGAAAUAACUAGGUGUAACAUGCGCAUUAACACGCUUUAAAAUGUGGUUAAGCAUGCGCAGUAUAUCAUUUCACGUCCCACAAGCAAAAGAGCAGAUAUUACUGUAUAAAUUCCCUGCACAAGCAUGUCUGAUGGUUGAUCCAGCUAGUCCUCGUGCGCCGAAUGAUAGAUACUCUUACCUAAUGGUAGAGUUUUGACGGGCUCUGAGGUACACGGCUGUUGUCUCUUUCUCGACUUAGAGACGUGCAGCGUUUUCUAGUCGAGAAGGAGAUGUGGGUCUUGAGUUUUCCUGCAACUUCAAGUCCCGAAUUCAAGACUCAUGGCCAGGUCUUGAAUUGAAAAUGUAAAACCGGGUAACCGGUUAUUACUUUUUCGUAAUAACCGGGUAGCAGGUUAUUACGGAAAAAUAAUAACCGGGUAGCAGGUUAUUACGGAAAAAUAACCUGGUAAGCAGACUAGCAGGUUAUUAUUUUUCCGUAAUAACCUGCUACCUUAGACUAGCAGGUUAUUAUUUUUCCGUAAUAACCUGCUACCCGGUUAUUAUUUUUCCGUAAUAACCUGCUACCCGGUUAUUAUUUUCCGUAAUAACCUUCAACCCCGUAUUUCUCCCGGAGAAAUCAAAUACCACCGCCUGCUUUUAGAUUGAAGGUUAUUACGGAGAAGUUAAAAACCGACAAAAUACAAAAGAAUAUGGUCUGAUGAGUUUGUAAACUCAGGUACUAUGAAUAUAUGAUUACAUGUUUACGUUUUACCAAUACGUUACUGAAUAAUUAACAAUUAUAAUUACACAUUAAGUUAUUACACCUACCUACAGAUACCUUCAACCUCCAAACACCUGGGUAAGCUGCACUCUGGAGUCGAGAGAGCUUUUGGCAUUGUGUCUAAAGAAACUUAAAGGCUUGUCCAAGGUUGGCAUACGUUGCGUAUUUGACGUUCUAAUCAGUUGAAUUUUACAGUGAAUAUUUGAUAUGAAUAAAUCUUUAUUUCUAGGUUAGGUUAAUUGAUGCUGGGUUUGUUUGGACAGAACCUCAUUCAAAAAGAAUUAAAGUUAAAUUGACCAUACAGAAAGAGGUACAUACAAAACACAAUAAACGUUUUUGCACUUGUCUUAGUUUGUUGAUCUUGAAUGCUGGAUUUGA